UCGCGCCGUAGCUUGAGUUCAGCUACAAUUACUCUUUGCCCGAGCUCGAGCCUUUUACUGACCUCGUCUCUGCACUAUCCUCAGGCAGCCAAACUUGGACCACUUGUCGCGCCUGCAGCAAACCACGGUGUAUAACCCCGCCGCCUGCCUCCCAAGACUGCCCACUCAGCACCGAACGUAUUCGUACCGUGGAACACUCGUCAACAACCCGUACUUGAGACAUAUUCACCCGCAGGUCUGAACGAAAUCGAAUAUAUAUUUCCCGACUCGAUCCUCUCACGUACCUUCUACAAUACAACAAACUACACACACAAACACCAUGCCGUCGGAUCUCGAACAGCUCAUCGACAUGGGCUUCGACAAGGAGCGUGCCACCCUCGCCUCUAAAGCCACCGGCAGCCUCCAAGACGCAAUCGACUGGCUCGAGAAGAACCAGGACACACCCAUCGACGAGCUUCAUACCAAGCAAGCCGCCGCCGACGAAGAGCCACCCGCCCUCAAGGAAGGCGAAGUUGCGCGUUCCCUCACGUGCGACGAUUGCGGCAAGCGCUUCCGCUCCACAGACCAAGCCUCCUACCACAGCACCAAGUCCGGCCACGAGAACUUCUCCGAGUCAACCGAGGAGAUCAAGCCGCUAACCGAGGAAGAGAAGAAGCAGAAGCUUGAGGAGCUGCGGCUGAAGCUCGAAGCCAAGCGCGCGGCACAGGCAGAGCAAGAGAAGAUCGACCGCAAGAAGAACGAGCAGAUCCGGAUGAAGGCGACCAAGGAGAGCCAAGAUAUCAAGGAGCAGCUGGCUAAGAAGGAGCAGCUCAAGGAGAUGCAGGCUAAGAAGCGCGAGAAGGAGCAGGAUGCCGCGGCAAAGCGGCGUGUGCUGGAGAAGCUCGAGGCGGACAAGCAGGAGCGGAAACGCAAGGCGGAGAUCGAGAAGGCGGCGCGUGAGGGUCGGGCUGCACCGCCGCCGGUUGCUGAGCCUGUGCAUGCGACAUCGUCCGGUCCCACGACGUCGAAGCCUGCGUCAGAGUACAAAGAGACUCGUCUUGCGCUGCAGACGGCAUCUGGUCGCGUCAUGAAGUCGUUCCCGGUCGAGACGACGCUGUUCGAGGUGGCACACGCGUUGGAGGAGGGCGGGGCUACGGUCAACUCGUUCUCUACGACCUUUCCGAAGAAAACCUUCGAGCGAACGGACUUUGGCAUGACACUCAAGGAGUGCGGCAUGAUUCCCAGCGCCGCGCUUAUCGUCAAAUAAGAGGCAAUACGUGUGGAGCUUGAGUCGGUGGAUUGAUUGUGAAAGUGGCAUAUUAUUCGAUAAUGAGAUGAUUAUGAUGGUAUGAACUUCAUGAUCUGCAAAAAUCUAUUUGGGCAUCUUGUGCUGUAUGCAUAGAGCAUAGCGCGAUGGAUGAUAUUUAUAGUGAGCAUCGAAACUCCUCAUG